AUGUUUGCUGCAAAGAGGCUAGGAAAAGAACUUCAAAAGGCCAAAGCUAAGAAUUUCCCCCCUGGGAUUCAAUUAGUCCAAGCAGAGGACUUCCGUGAAUGGCAGGUCGACAUUCAAGUGCUCGAUAACAAUCCUAUCUACCGAAACCAAGUCUACCGCUUGUGCUUCUUGUUCUCCGAAAGCUAUCCCAUAGAACCACCCGAAGUCUGCUUCAUCCAUCUAUCUCCUGCACCCAGCGACCCUGUAAAAUCUCCAUUCCAACCUCAAUCUGCAUCCCAACCUUUUGCCGGUCGCCCUAUACCCAUCCAUCCACAUAUCUAUACCAAUGGCAUCAUCUGUCUCGAUCUCCUUGGCAGCGCAGGCUGGUCUCCUGUUCAAAGUGUCGAGAGUGUCUGCAUGAGUAUUCAGAGUAUGCUAACCGGCAAUUCCAAGAACGAGCGACCACAAGGCGAUGAACAAUUUUGCCAGAGUAUGGGAGUCCGUGGUCCGAAUGGCUGGAGCAACUGGAGAAAUGGUGGUCGAGGACUGAAAGACGUCAGAUUUGCCUAUGACGAUGAUACUGUCUAA